CGUCAAUCAAAGCAGGCUCUGUGUUUCAUUGGUGAGAGACUAGUCGUCGUCUCUGACUCUCGCGGUACUGCUGCACGAAGAUGGCGGCCGAACUGGUGGAAGCGAUGAACAUGGUCAAAAGUUUCCGGGUCUCAGACCUGCAGACAUUGCUGGCCUCGAUGGGCCGAAGCAAAAGUGGGCUGAAACAGGAUCUGGUGGGGCGAGCGCUGAGGCUCGUGCAGACCGAAUACAGCCCGGAGCUCCUGAAGAAUGUCAGGCAGCUCUACGAGUCGCGCUUCCCCAAAACAUCCGGCUGGCUUGCUGCAAGGCGCCCAGAGGGCGUCCCAGUUGCAUACUCGUCCCUCAGCUCCUCCCCCACUGCCACCUCUCAGGGCGCAGACUACCUCAACGGCAUUUCCAAACAGAUAACCACACCUGCAGCGGAGGUCAAGUUGGUGCCACUGCCCUUCUACCAAACUUUGGAGACACUGUUGCAACCAACAGAGCUAAUUGCUCAGAACAACGAGAAAUUGCAGGACAGUCAAUGCAUAUUUGAGUUGACACCGAACCAAGCAGACCAGAUCAGAAAUGCAACAGAGCUUCGUCCAGGAAUCAGAUCAAUCCAAGUGGUUCUUAGAAUCUGUUACACAGACUCCAUUGGUGUCCAAGAGGACCAGUAUCCUCCCAACAUUGCUGUCAAAGUCAACCAGUCCUACUGUCAUGUGCCGGGCUACUACCCCUCUAAUAAGCCCGGCGUUGAGCCCCGCCGUCCUUGUCGUCCGGUAAACAUCACUCCCUGGUUGCAUCUCUCCAGCGUCACCAACAGAGUCACCGUCACCUGGGGAAACUUCGGCAAGCGGUACUCUGUGGCAGUGUAUCUAGUGAGGGUCUUCACUGCCGCAGACCUCUUCAGCCAACUCAAGCUCUGCUCCGUCGAGAGUGCAGAACGCUGUCGUGAACGCAUCCAAGACAAACUACGCUUUGAUCCAGAGAGUGAAAUCGCAACCACCGGCCUCCGGGUUUCUCUCAUCUGUCCAUUGGUGAAGAUGCGUCUCGGUGUGCCAUGUCGAGUUUUAACUUGUGCCCACCUUCAGUGUUUCGACGCAGUCUUCUUCUUGCAGAUGAAUGAGAAGAAGCCCACAUGGACUUGCCCCGUCUGUGACAAGCCCGCUCCCUUUGAACUGCUAACUAUUGAUGGGCUGCUAGCUGAGAUUCUGAAGGAGACGAGUGAGGACAUUGAGGAGAUCGAGUACUUAACCGACGGGUCCUGGCAACCGAUCAGUGACGAAAAGGAGAGGGACAGAGAAAGAGAACGCAGCAACACACCAGAUUAUCCUGUUGUUGAUAUAUGCAUUCCUGAAGCAAACGGUCAUUCACCGGCCCACAGCAGCACCAGCCUGACGGGCAAAUCUGGAAGCGGUUCUGUGGCGGGGGGCACAGGAGGACCUGGGGCGCCGGGAGGAGGUGCGGUGGUAGAUCUGACUCUUGACUCCUCCUCAGAGGAGGAAGGGGCUGGGGCAGGGGGAGACAGUGAGGACACUGAGGAUAGCGCCGACAGUCCCGCCCCGAAGAGGGGCCGGUACAACUACGACAAGGACCUGGUCACUGCCUACUGACCCCACAGCUCUCGCCCCUCAUAGACUGACACACACACACAGACAGACAGAGAGGCAGGGGGCUCGAAGGACAGGAACACAGGAAUCCACGAGAUGCAAUGACCCUCCCGUACUCCCAAACGUCGGAGCCUGUUAGCAGCUCUGGUUUCUACCCAGUCAGAAAACACACAGUUCAUCAUGCACUGUUAAAGAAUCUUCAAUCUAGAGUGAUGAGGAUUCCUCUUUGUACUGCUCACCACUGGAAGUUACUCUUUUUGGCCAACCGUCACCUUGCAGUGAAUAUCUGUACCGUCCCGCCUCUUCCUAAGAGACUGAAUGGAUCGUGCAUCCCUUCGCUCCCCCCCCCCCCUCCUCAUCCUAUCUCUCUCUCCAGACUAUUCCCUCUCUACCACCUCAUCUCUCUUUGUAUUGACUUGGAAUCCCAGGCUCUUUUAGCCAUGGGCGUUCGAUGUGUACGUCUCAGAUUUUUGUCACAUUUGUGAUGAACGGGCAAGUUGAAAACAGAAGCUCCUCUGCAGUUUUUGGUAAAAAGGUCAGAGACAACAAAUGGAGUAAGGGCCUGAAAAUGUGCAGAAGGAGAAGGCAGAGAUAUCAGGAGUGUGAUGCAAAUUUAAACUUCUCUUAUUGUGUUUAUUUCUUUUUCCAGAGAAUUAUUUCAAAGCUUGAAAGGUUUUUUUUUUUCAGGAAUAUAUCCUUUUUAAUUAUGUAAGGGCAGAACACAAGUGUGUAAUGCUUUCCAUUUUAUUUGUCCUUUUAGCUAAAGAGAACCUACCUCAGUCAUAAAAAAAACUUAGCAGACUGAUCAGAGCGUAGCUAAGAAAGAAGUGGAGGACAGAAGAAUCGAUCCUUGAAGCCAAUUUUACACUGGAGAUAACGUUUUCAUACAUUGUUCUUUCCUUUCUUCUGUUUUAUUCCAUCUUUCCAUUCAGCUUUGUUCCCUCUGCAGCAACAACACCUUUUGUUAAGGAGUUUGUGGAUAGCCAGGCUAAAUGAAGGUGUCACUGAGGCAAGUGGUUGUGGGUGGGAUUAUGCCACUCUGUAAAACACAACUGCAGUUAUUGUGCUGUUACAGGAUUUAUAUAUCAGCAUUGCAAAUUGACGUAAUUCGUAUUAAUUAAAAAUCUAUUUUAAGAAUUCACUGACAGGAAAUGUUGUGAGGUUUUGGUGCCUUUUUUGGGGGGGGGAGUGGUGACGAUUUGAUUAAAUAGUUUUAAGGCUAUAUGAGCUCCGACCAGCAGAUGAGAUCCCAGUCUGACAGAUGGUGUUUUUUAUUUCAUGGAGGAUGUUUUUCCAGAAAUGGACAGGGAUGUAGAAUACAGUGUGCGGUCAAGGACAUUAAUGGAAAAGCAAUUGACAGUGCUCUCUGAUGCUUUUGGUGCCCUCUGAAAGUAGUAUCAUAUUUAUUUAAAUGCCUCGCAUUUUUUAACAGUUAUGUGUAAAUCUACACGAUAUUUGGUGUGCCGAAAGAAGCUAUUGGUGGCAGAAAGCAGGACUCCUCUUCUGCUGUGGUGUGAGUGUUAUAAUUGGUCCAGGCUAAUGGCUGGUGCUGGGGAUGAACACUCCUUUUUUUUCCUUCCCUCUGAAUGCAUCCGACCUGGGUCAAAGCACCACUCAGAGUACUUUGCUACGGUGGAUUCAGCAUGUCUGACACAACGAAACUUAAUGAAGUGUCAAUAAGUGCAACCCCACCUCGCUUAAAGUCAUUGAUUGGAUUACAAACGGUCUUGUCUGGAACAAGUGGAGCCGCUUCAACCAACAAUCCCCUCGGCCUCCGUUCAAUGUAGAUAAGGUCACAUCUAUUUGCUGGAGUAGAAUUGGUCUUUAAUUGCUACAUGCUGUAGGCUUUCAAAUAAUAUUCCUCUGCACCUGCACUAGUUUCGUCAGAAUGUGAUGGCUGUUUCUCAGAAAGAUAUCCACGCUGAAUUUAGGUUGUGCGUGUGUGAAGGAAGGUAAUCAGUGUUUGCGCGAAGAUAAGAAGAGAUGUUGCCAUGUGGCUAGAGCUUUAUGCACUUUCAUCUGAUGCUUCAUCACAACUUUAAGGCUUAUUUAUUUCAAAGCCUUCAAGUGGGUAUUAAUCAAGGAUCCCUGACCAUUUUGAUCAGUUGUCCUCAAACAUCUCAUGCGUGGGAAUCAGAAAAUGUGAAAGUGGUUGAGUAGUGACUCCGAUGAGUUCUGUAUGUUUCCCUCUCUUAUCAUCACGCUGUCGCAGUUUGAUCAGCUGCACAGAAUCUGGUUUUCUUUUGCCUUCCUCACAAACGCAGCGAAAUGACAUUUACUCAUUAAUGCGGGGCCUCACUGUCGCUAGCGCAUCCUCCGAUAAGGUUGAUGUUGAAAGAAUAGGUCGAGUCAAAUCUGAUCUUCCAUUUUUCUCCUCCUUUUGACACACUUUAUAGAAUCAAUAUACUGUUGUAAUACAUCAGUCUGUCCCUGAGUAGGAUCUUCUAUAUAAGGCGCUUUGAAGAGAAAUGAUGUAAAGAACUCUAAUCUGUCUUUAACAAGGCAAACUGUAUUUGUAAGUAACUGCUAUACAUAUUAAACAAUGACAUUGUUCAUUUGUUGAUAGGUAAAGAAGGUCAUUAUUUGAACUCGUCUCCUAAACUUUUCUUUUCUUGCCUUUUAUGGUUAAAGACGGCAGGUUGAUUUUUUUGGACCUGAGCCGGAACGUCUGCAGGUGUUUGGGAGCUGGAGAGAGCUGAGGGUCUGGUCUUUUUGGUAGUGGCAUCUCUUCUUAUUAUAAUACUGCAUAAGGUAGCAUGGGCAGAGGCUUACAAUCCAUGAUGUAAAUGUCUUGUUUGUUGUGUUUUUUUACAUGUUCAUAUUAAAAGACAAUAAAAUUAAAAUAAUAUUUUAUUAAGCCUUGAAUCGCCUCCAGUUGUUCACAAUGGCAACCGACAAUAAGAAGCUGUUUAUGAGCGCAGCAGCACCUGAAGCUGAUGCCACAGAGGACUGGGAGGUGGAGGUCAAGAUGUUCAUGUCCUGUACCAAAUGCUCAGAUAUGGGGACACAUUUGAUGCCUGUUGAGGGUAAAACUGUAAAAUUUCAAAUGAUCGUAUUCUAACAGCUGUUAUUGACGUGUGGAAUUAAUUAAAAUCAAUUCUUAAAAACA